AGCGAGUUUGUCCUGGAAUAUCGGUCCCGAUGACCUGGUUGGCGCCCGACGGACAUAGCACAGCUGGUAGCUUCCCACUGGUUCUUUUGCGGGGAAAUUGUCCAGAAUUUUCUAAGACCAGUGACUGCUGCCUCUUGCAUGCCUUUUUCUCGUCCUCCACUCUCGACUGCGACUCCACACUGAUGUCGCUCCUCUCGCCACCACCGAGCAUACUACUGCUCCCUUCGCAACGCUCAUCAACGCAUAGUCUUUCUUCAGCCAGCUCUGCAUCAUCCAGCUCCGCAUCCUCCAACUCCGACUCGUCACAUACCAGUGCUAGCGUCAACACGCCCACCAAGUUGAAUAUGCAACCACAGCGGAAGAUUCGAUUUGCACCUCUCCCGGAUCCCAGGAGAGCACUGUUGUUAACAGACGAUGGUGCCGAACUCCCUCUGCCCGUGGCGCCGGACACCGCCGACAUUCCCGCCGCCAUUUAUGCACCGCAGGCUGUCUAUGGGUUUGGUGUGCAGCCCGCAAGCAUCAUUAAAUCACAAACUAAAGCGCAUUAUGCAUCCUCGAGCUCCUCGCCGAGCGCCUCUCCAUACCAGUCUCCAUACCAGUCACCCGUGCACCAAACUCUGCCCCUGCCCUCCCAGACUCAAACACCCCCUCCCCCACCGCACUCAUGGGGCCCCUCAUCCCCGUCCAAAUCAUCGACGUGGCCGAAACCCAAGUCGUUCUUGCGGUCCCUGCGCAAAGGUUCUGGCACGCCAGCCUCGUCGACGGACAGUCUUACACCCACACCGUCCGUGGACGCGAACAACGCUCCCAGCACGCAUUCGGACUCAUGGGGUGCUCCCCUUGCACGAUGGGGGUCCACCAAUAGCACGAUUUUUGGCUCUCCUCUCGCUCGGACGCAGAGCCAAACCAGCAUGACAAGCCUGAAGAAACGUGGGCGGAGUCUAUUCAGCUCGAAAGAUUCGAAAGCUAAAGAGGAGAGGGGGGGAUCGCGGGGCCGCAGCGUUCCGCCUGCCCUCAACCCCUUCGCCAACAGCAUCAACUUCGGGGCUGGCUCGAAGAUGCGAGGCCAGAAAAUGCUCAACGGAAGAGUUUAUGGCCGUGGUGGGAGCACGAACCCGUUCGCGUCCGCCCGCGAUGAGGACCCGCAGUUCGUCGAAUGGGGUUACGGUGGGAUGGGCUCUGUGAAGAAUGGUGCAGGGCAUUCUGCUUGGAGUCGCGUUCAGGGUGGAGCGACUAUGCCGGACGAUCCACGCGCUCAAGGGAAAUCGGAAUCGAAUGGACAUGUCGGCAUGGGCACGGUCUCUUCGUCAGGCGGAGGAGACGAUGACGAUGAUGGAGGGGGGAUGGGCUGGGUACGUCGUCGGAGGGAAGCGCGAGAGAAGGAGGCUCGGGAGAAGGAGGAACGAGAGCGUGAGGAGAAAGAAAAACUAGCACAGGAAGCUGCGAACGGGAACGCGGAAGGUGGCGGUGAGAUUGUCGAGCCGCAACAAGCGAAUGGAGAAGACGACGUUACCUGCCCAACACCAGAGACUGUCAAGUCGAGCCCCUUACCUGACACGGACAGUACGCCUGCUGGCACGCCCUCCCUGCCACAUUCGGUUCCAUCCAUGUCUCCCUUGCCCUCAGUUUCUCCCGCAGGCACCCCUUCGAUUCCCAGUCCUGCGGCUCUGUCGUCUAUUUCUCCAUCGGGCACACCGUCGAUGCCCAGUCCUCCGAUUCCUGCUAACGGUGCACAUGUCCUGCAGGCUGUGAAUUUGCCUGCUGGAUUCCGCGGACAUCAUCAUCAUCGGAGCAGUUCCAAUGCCAAUAUUAUGGUAGCAGCGGCCGAGCAAGCCACGCGAGAUGUCCCAUCUUCGAGCUCGAGUGCCGGUUCUGUGUCCGAAUCUGACACUGAGGACGAGGGUGACGAGGAGGAGGACGACGGCGAGCAGGACGACGGCGACAAGGAGCUGAACGACGACGACGGUGAAGAUGAGGAAGAUGAGGACGAAGCUGCCGCGAGACGCCGCACUGCCCUCGGAGCCGGUGUGGAGAAGAUCAGCCGGCACAAAGAACAGAAUCACGACCUGCACGACUCCACUGGCUAACUUUCAACCUGCGAUCCCCAUGACACACCCCACUCCUCUUUGCAUUAUUAACUUAACAUCAUCGCGCAAUCCAGUCUCACCUCGUUAAAAAUAGUAUAUACUCCGUUUAGUGGCCGAUGUUCCCGACGACCCAGACCUCUGCAUCUUUACUCUAGCUGCGCUUGCCUCCGUUUAGUAGCCUAGUUCUCCCUCUUGCGCUUCCCCCGUCACGAGCCUUUUACACUCUUGUUUCUGGGUUUUAUGUUGGUUGCGGUCCUGUAUUGUCUGCAACGAAAGUUGAACACAAUGGAGCGCUCACUUAUGGUUGGCAGACUGAAGUCAGAUACAAAAACGAUUAUUCCCGCUAGCCGAUUUGAACGACUGACCUCGUCAUUACUAGUGACGCGCUCUACCAACUGAGCUAAGAGGGAUGUGGCGAUGAUUGCGAACUUGAAUUGACCAUCCUGGGGGAUAUUCACCCGUUCUUCAAAUGACAAUUCUCCCCACAGACACGAAAGGAGCGGCCCACAGUACACAGUAAAUGCACAGCUAUCUCAUCAAAGAUGCAACAGAAAGUGAUAUGAAUGUGCUAUACUUGGUUGUAUUGUCGACGUCAGAGCCGGCGCAGGCCUAAAUUGUUUGUCCGACCCGUCCGAGAAGGGCAACAUUGCCCGUGCUGGACAGAACCUGUGCUAGAUUUCUGUUUCCUACUUCUCUCAGACCACCCUUGCCUCGUCUCGUCCCUGUGGCGAGCAAACCGAACCUCCAGCGGCAGCCGUCUCAGGCCCGAUUAGCCAGCGAAUUCAUGUCAUGUGGCCGUUCCUAGGAACAGCCAAGGCCCGAGCUCCGGCUGCCUCGUUGACACCGUCUCUCAUGCACACGGCAGCACGGGUAACAGCGCGGGAGGCAGCGGGUUCGAGUGCGGAGGGGAGCGGAGCAGCGGGCGGGAUCGUUCUGCCGCUGCAGUUGGUGUCCAACGGGGCGGAGCAAGUAUCGUACACGCUCCCCGUGUUGAUUGGGUCCAACGAAAGCCCACAGAACUUCUCGCUUCAGAUUGACACGGGCUCCUCCGACUUGUGGGUAGCCUCGUCCUCUUGCGGCUCGUCCGUAUGCAAGAAUGCGCCGGGAUUUAGUCCAGUCACCGCUUCCGCGACGGGUCUCAAUCUUGACAUCCACUAUCUGGCUGGUGAUAUCUCCGGCCCUAUUCUAUGGGACACGGUGACAGUGGGUGGCUACAGUGUGUCGAAUCAAGCAUUCGCUUCUGCCACCACAGUAGACUCGGAACCACUCGGGUCACAGUUCUCCGGAGUACUGGGUCUGGGACCGCCUGGGAACUCCCGAAUAGCUGGCCACAUCCCGCCCGUGCUAGGGAACGCACCAGAUGGUGCCGUCUGGGCCUCCAACUUGUUCUCAAUCACUCCAGCGACCUCGGCGCCGUCGUCACCAUUCCUCUCGCUUGCACUAGAACGCCCGGGGAGCAGUACUGUUCCCUCUGUGCUAGGAAUCGGCCGACAUCCCGCUUCACUCGUCCCGAACGCGACUCUGGUGGAAUACCACCCAUUGUAUCAGCCUGCAGCAGAGGGACCCUUGUUUUGGAAAUCAGCGUUGACCGGGAUCACAGUGUAUACCGACAGCGGGAGCAUACCUAUUUCUCUGGGACACUCUGUGAAUGGAGCAUACCCCAGCGCAGUGCUUGACACGGGCGUCUCUGUGAUUCUGACGACAAAGACCGUGGCCAAUGCGAUCUAUGGCGCUAUUGGAAUCCAGGCUGAUUCGAGCGGCAACUAUUAUAUGCCAUGUACAACCCCUCUGAACUUGACGAUCUCCUUGGAUCAUCGUCGGGAGAUGCCCAUCCAUCCUCUCGAUCUGUCAACUCCACCCCCAUCAUCUUCGUCCAAUCCGGGCGACUGCAUCGGGUUGAUCCAGACAUCGGAAGAUGCGGUGCUGAGCAACCCUGCGUCGGGGAUCGGAGAUGUGAUUCUGGGAGUGCCGUUUCUGCGAAACGUCUAUACCGUUCUAGCCUUCGACGCACCCUUGACCAACGGGACGUUUUCCCCGCAGAACUUCUCCACUUUUGCUGCCGUACAACCGCAUCUCGGUCUGCUGGGGCUCACAAACGCGACUGUCGCGAUGGCCGAGUUCCACAGGGUCCGCGUGCUCAACGAACCUAUAGGCGAUGGCAGUGCGAAUGUGUCAGUCGCGUCCAGCUCUGGGCACAAAUCCGUGGGGAUUCCCGUGGCCAUCGGCGUGGGCAGUCUGGUCGGGGCCUGUUUGCUGCUGUUUGGCGUGUGGUGGUUCGUCGUGCGGCGCCAAAUCCGACGACAUGGGGAUGGAGACUACCGCUACGACACGAAGGACGGACUGCCUCUGACUCCCUUGCCGACGGAGGACGAGCUCAGAAGCCGGCGUCAUCAAGCGUAUAUGCAGUCUCUGCACACGCUCAGCACGGACCGCACGCAAUUCGAGCUGGUCCCUGAGGAGGUGCCCAAAAACAAGGAUCCGCCGGUUCUUGAAUCUCACGACGCUAUGUGAAUCUACGACCACGAUUUUGCUAUGGGCGUCGGACGCUACUGCUAUCUUUCAUUCCUAUUAAGGACUUGUUGUACUCUAGUGUGUAUUCGUUAGGCUUAUGAUCACGAUUUCAGAAUCUUAGAGAAAGUCUCCUUGA